AUGGCGCUUCUCAGCUUCACAUUGAGUGAGGAGGGCGUUGCUGCAUUUCGUGAUGCCCUCAUUUGCUUGAACAAGUUCAGUGACGACGUCUCGCUCGAGGCACGCAAGGAUUCAUUCGUUUUGACCACUCUGAAUACUUCCAAAUCCGCUUAUGCGAGUGUCAAAUUUGCUACGACCAAGUUCUUCUCGCGGUACCACUAUCAGGGGAGUCGUCAAUUCCAUGACCGUUUCCACUGUACUCUCUACAUCCGCGCUUUGGUCUCUUUGUUUCGCAGCCGCACAGCGUCCGAUACACAGAGAGAUGUUGAAAAGCAGACGCUCAUCGACAGAUGCGACGUCGCCAUCGAGGACGGAGAAGGAAUCGAAAGUCGGUUUAUCGCACGUCUCAUUUUCCGUAACGGGUUGACAUCAACACAUCGCCUCCCCUUUGAAGUUGCCGUUCCUGUUCAUGCCAAGUUCAACAAACAGGAUGCUCCUCAUCAUUGGAAAAUCUCUUCACGAACAUUACGGCAGCUGAUGGACCACUUUGGCCCGGGUAUCGAAUUCCUUGACAUCAACACCGAUGGCGACCACGUCAACUUUACGUGUUUCAGCGAAAAGACUGUGAGCGAGGAUGCGGUCCUCAAGAAACCACUACAGACAUCAAUCGCCGUCGAGGCCGAGGAGUUUGACGACAUCGAUGUUGAAGACAAGCUUCACAUUGUAAUCUCUGUCAAGGACUUCCGCGCCAUAAUUCAGCAUGCCGGAAUCACAGGCAACGACGUCUCAGCUCGCUACUCAGUUCCUACGCAGCCCAUCCAACUCUCCUAUACCGGCGAUGCCAUAUCAUGCGAGUUUCUCGUUAUGACUGUUGGUGAGCGUGGAACCAAUCCUGCUCAGAAGACCAAGAAAGGUCGCAAGAACGCACCCCAGAGUACGGGGCCACGCUUGGAAGCUACUACACGGAGGCCUAGCAUGCCGCCGUCUGAACCACAGCAACCUCUGCUACCACCCCCUCCUCCAUCCUUCCCUCCACCUAACUCGACACCACAGAUGAGCGCUGCUAGAGCCAGUGCCUCGCGUGUGGGGAUAUUCGACCUCCGCCCGUCUCAAAAACCGGCACCGCCCGCUACCAACCAAUCUGAGAGCUUGUUCGUGGAAGACGAAGGCUGGGAGCCCAUCAACUACGAUGAUGAGGAGCUCAUGGACGAUAAUGCCAAGCUAGGAUGGGAUCAUAGUAUCAACCCUGAUGCUUCUGCAAUGGAUAUGAGCCGCUUUGCUGAAAACCCUGCACCUGCUGAUUUCGAAGCCGAAGCUGAACAACCGCAUCCACAGCCUACGGAUGCAGAAUCAACAUAUCUCGAGCCGACUCAGAAACUGGCGGAUGUCGAGAACCUCGCUCUUUUCCCAGACUAA